AUGGCGUGCCGGCGAGGACGGGUGCGGGAUGGCGUGCUCCUGCCAUGGCCAGGCGCGCGACUCCAGCGUGAGGACGGUGAAGUUGGCGAGCUCGGGGUGGCGGAGCAGCGACGUGGUGCCGUACAACCGGGGGUCGGCGUCGUGCGGCUGCGAGUAGUCCCAGGCCGUGCCGGCGAGGAGGAAGAAGUGGUCGUGGCCGUGGCGGCGCGCCAGGACCCGCGGCUGGUGGCGCGCCAGGAAGCGCGCGAGCGGCAGCCCGUGGAGCGCCGAGGAGUUGAGGAGGUCCGGGUGGAGGACGUACGGCAGCGCGUCCAGCGCCGCGUAGUAGGGGAGGAACACGGCGUCGGCCUGGGCGGGGCGGGCCACGAGGCGGCGGUGGAAGAAGGGCUCCAGCUGCCGGGCGUCCGUGCGGUACCAGGAGCGGGUGCCGUUGUGGGUGCGCGGGCCCAGCCCGUGAUUGGCGAGGGAGGUGCACGCCGGGACUGA